GGGCCAUGGAACUUACAUGGGGGAAGAGAAGCUCAUUGCAUCUGUGGCUGGCUCAGUGGAGAGGGUAAACAAGUUGAUCUGUGUGAAAGCUUUGAAAACCAGGUGAGAACAAAAGGUAGAGCCAGUAGGAUCAGCUGCUGCACUUGUCCUGGAGUGAGAGAGAGAGAGAGAGAAAUCAAGCGUUCCUCCAAGGACUCCCAAGAUUUUUGGCUUGAGCAACUGGAGGAAUGGUGUUGCCAUUUACUGAGACCCUGCUGGCUGGGAGAGGACCAGUUUGUGAUGGGGGCUGGGGAGGGAGCUGCUGGAAAGCUUUUCUUUAGAUAUAAUGGUGAAGUAGGAGACAUUGUGGUGGGGAGAAUCACAGAGGUUCAACAGAAGAGGUGGAAGGUGGAGACCAACUCUAGGCUGGAUUCGGUCUUGCUUCUGUCAUCCAUGAACCUUCCUGGAGGAGAGUUGAGGAGAAGAUCUGCAGAAGACGAGCUGGCCAUGAGAGGUUUCUUGCAGGAAGGGGAUCUUAUCAGUGUAUCCUGCACCUUGGAUUACAGCGUCUCUGUGCUCUAUACGGAGCUGGGAAAUGGGGCUUUGAUCGCGGAGGUGCAGGCGGUGUUCUCCGAUGGGGCUGUCUCUCUGCACACGAGGAGUCUGAAAUACGGCAAACUAGGCCAGGGGGUGUUGGUCCAGGUUUCCCCCUCCCUGGUCAAACGGCAGAAGACUCACUUCCAUGAUUUGCCCUGUGGGGCCUCAGUGAUUCUUGGUAGCAACGGCUUCAUCUGGAUUUACCCCACACCCGAGCACAAAGAAGAGGACGCGGGGGGCUUCACUGCAAACCUGGAGCCCGUCUCCCUCGCCGACCGAGAGGUGAUCUCCCGGCUCCGGAACUGCAUCGUCUCGCUGGUCACCCAGAGGAUGAUGCUGUAUGACACUAGCAUCCUGUAUUGCUACGAGGCAUCCCUUCCGCACCAGAUCAAAGACCUCUUAAAGCCAGAAAUAAUGGAGGAAGUAGUUAUGGAAACGCGUCAGAGGCUUUUAGAACAGGAGGGGUGAGGAGAGACAUCUGAAGGACGGGAUGGUGUGCACCUGACCGGAGCCGUUCUUGAAAGUGAAGAAUCUGAUUUGUGGUCCCAUGUGUGUCUCUCUAGAGAACUGACACUCGUCACCUGACCUAUAUCGGGCUACCUCUGGCCCAAAGACCUGCGUUCUCCUGUUGGAGGGCAGAGCCUGGGGAAGUGCUGCUGGCGCCUCUGGUUGCCCGCAGAGACCGUGCUAUGGGUAGUUUCAGGCCUUUGGUUUUUUAAAUUUUUAUUAUUAUUAUCUUUCUUUUUUUUUUUUUUUUUAAGUUUCAAGACUUCAGAAGCACACAUGUUUCAGCCAAGUGGACUCCCAUUCUGGAAUAAUAUGGACAAUCUUUUUCUUCCACUCACCAUCAAUUCACAAUUUCACAUGAAAUUGCCCUUAUAAAAAACACAGCCUCCCUGACCCGCAAAUUGCCUGUUUUGGCCUCUGUUCCCACUUAUGCAGCGCAAGUAGGAUAUUGAAGAAUAUAGUUAGUAACUUUUUUUUUUGAGAGAGAGGGAGCGUGCUUGCGCAGGGGUGGGGGAGCGUGGAUCUUAAGCAGGCUCCACACCCAGCACAGAGCCAAUGCAGGGCUCAGUCUCAUGACAUUGAGAUCAUGAUCUGAGCUGAAACCAAGAGCCUGAACGCUUAACCCACUGAGCCACCCAGGCGCCUGUAUAGUUAAUAACAUUAACCCAACAGUCAAAUGGAAGAAUAAAGUUAACCAAGCAGCCUUUGCUUGGUUGGAAUCUUAUUUCCCACUGCAUGUUCCUUCUAGCGGUAAAUGCGAGUGUCUACACCAGGCUGCUAUAAUCUGUCCUGCCUUUAAGGGUGAUUUGUCAGAAGCUGAUUUAGUGAUAACAGAAUGAAUGUUCAGGGUGCUUCCGAGGAACACGAAAACAGUAAGAGAAAUGCACAUGGGUAAAGAAAAGCUGUUUUCCUCCUGUCAAGUAGUAAUGCAUUAACUUUAGAAUAAUUCAGGGUUGGGACACCUGGGUGGCUCAGUCGUUAGGCAUCUGCCGUCGGCUCAGGUCGAGUCCCACAUCGGGCUCCUUGGUCAGUGAGGAGCCUGCUGCUCCCCCCUCUCCCGCUGCUGCUCCCCCUGCUUGUGCUCUCUCUCUCUGACAAAUAAAUAAAAAUCUUUAAAAAAAAAAUAAGUAAAUAAUUUAGGGUUAAAAACAGGAGAUUGAAGUUCUCACUGAGGAAUGCUAGAAUUCCCAUGCAUUGGUUUUCCUAAUGACUGUCUAAAAAUGGUACUCUGAUUCAGGUUUGGGGAAGCAUUUUUUUUAAAGGCAGUCUAUGAAGUGCUAUCUUAUUUCACAAUAUGUGAACUAUUUUUUAUAUAUUUAUAAAUGUGGCUUUAACAUCCCUGUUUCUGUCCCCGUGUCCUGUGUAAUACUUGGGAGCAGAGUACAGUUGAAGGAGGGCUUAGCAGAUACAAAAUCUGAUGGAGGCCUUAACUGCUCUCUGCCGGGUCAUCUAGUAAAACGUAAACCUUGGACAGUUUCAGUGGCAGUGACUUUGAACACUGCGUUUGACAGUUUUGAAAUACAGCUUGGCUCUUCACU